AAUAAAUAUAUUCACCAAAAUUUAUAAAAGAUUGCGUGCAUCGAAAAACUCACUUCAGUUAUCUUGGAGACUUCAAGGUUUUUCCUUUAAAUCUGCGGAAGCAAUGAAGAGUAAAAUUUUUUUGUCUGUCAUCGCCUGUGUCCUGAUAAGUGACACCUUGGCAUUCAAAUACCAUCAAAAAGCUGAUAACGCACAUUCUGAUCUUAUGUACUAUGUUCAACAAAACAUGGAUACAGUUCCCAUGAUGAGAGGAUUGACCUAUCAUCUAGAGUGUUACAACGGAUUUUUGCCAUUGAUUAACUCACUUGCCACCAAGGCCAGAGAUGUUUCAAAUGGUUGUGUGAUUACGGCCAAUUUCGAAAGAGAUCAAGAAUUGGCAGAGUUGAAAAACUCGCGCUUAAUUGUUGCUGCUGAAGUUGACAAAAUUACCAAAUCAUUGAUCGAUUGCUCAGACAUGGCCGGUUUGGAUUACUUCUUGUGUUUGGAAAAUAAUGCUGAAACUAAUAGAAAACUAAUGGAAACCAUCAAGGAGAGUUCGAAGGGACUAUUGUCUAAAUACAAUGCAAUGUCUAAACAAAUCGAUCAUAAGGAACAAAGUUGUAUAAUGAGGGCAGUUGAUAUUGGCAAGGCUGAAACUAACCAGGCCUUUGUUGAUCUUAAGUCCUGUAUUCGAGAUGGACCAGUUAUUCUAACUCAAAUUGGUGAUGAAGAAAUAGAAUCAGCCAGCACUUAACCAACAUUGUUAAAUAGCAUGGGCAGAAAUGUUUCAUAUUUGCACAAUAUAUUUUUAAUAAACGUUUAUAUGACAAAAAAAAAAUUUAAGUAAAUUAUUCUAUUAACUUCCAGUGUUAAUUACAGUUAAUUUGAAAAGGCUUUCCAAUAAGG